AUGUUGCCGUUCUUUGGGUCUCCGCCUCCUUUUGAUAUAGUUUCGACAAUUCCCAAUGACGGGUUCUUGCUCAAUUCUGAGGAAGGCGUCCGUCGAUCGUUGUUUACCAAGAGCUCGGAUCUUCCAUGUCUUCUUGAUGAGCGCCUCACCACUGUCCAUGACCUUCUUGUGGAAUCGGUUCGAUUAUCGGAGCACUGUGAACCUACUUGGAAAGUGGUUCGCUGCUCUAUUUUUGGAAGCGUGGUUGGGGUUGUCAGUGUCUUUACGCGUGUCCUUUUUCGUCAAGGUCAAAAGCCGUUUCUUGGAAGUCACGCCAAACCAUCGGAGGCCUAUUCGUGGAUGACCUUCAAAGCGGUUUAUGAAAGAGUUCGCGACUUGGGCUCGGGUCUCCUUAAUGUCUGCGGUUUGAAGAGUCCUGAAUGCGGAAAUUUUUUAGGCAUCUUUGGCCGCAACUGUGUCGAUUGGUUGGUUGCAGAAUUCGCCUGUACGACUUACGGCCUGGUUGCAGUUCCUCUUUACGAAACUCUUGGAACGGAAGCUCUCAAGCACAUUUGUAAUCAGUCUCAGCUGACCGUAUGUAUUUGCGUCACGCCGGACCUUGUACAAAAGUUGUUGGAUCUGGACGUAGCCCUCCGUCACAUCAUCCUAAUUCAAUCGGACAAGGCCACACUGAAGCAACUCCGUGACGCGGCUGGCAAAGACGUCCAGAUUCAUGACUUCGCCGACAUCGUGGUUGAUUUGUCUAUUGUCUCACCUGAGGUUAAGUUAAGAACCCCAAAGGGUGUUAUCAUCACUAACAAGAUGCUCAUCGCAACUGUUACGGGAGUCAUGUUGAAUUCCAGUCGAACUAUGCUCGCUCUAAAUGCACAUGGCAGAAUAGGUUUCUACAGUGGAGACAUCACCAUGCUCCAAGAAGACGCGCGCACCCUGCAGCCAACUAUCCUCAUUGCUGUACCUCGAGUGCUUGCACGUAUUCGACAGCGCAUUUACCAGAAGGUAGCUGGUUCUCGACUCAAGGCACGUCUCAUUGAGACGGCUAUAAAUCGGAAGCUAAAGUCAGUUGAUAAGCAGGUCUACAAGCACAAUACGGUGUGGGAUCAGUUUGUUUUCUCCAAAAUCCGAAAGCGUUUUGGGGGACGCAUUCGGGCAAUUAUAACCGCCGGAGCCCCCAUCUCAGGCGACCUCUUGCAAUUCAUUCGAGCCGCCUUUUGUUGUCCGGUGUUUGAGGGUUAUGGCUCCACUGAGACCUGUGGUGCAAUCACCACUUCCAUAUUUGGCGACCUGGCAGGAGGUCAUGUAGGACCACCUCUUCCUGUUUGUGAAGUCAAACUUGUCGACGUUCCUGACAUGGGCCUUGUCGCCGCCAGAGACAACAAGGGCGAGAUUUGUUGCCGUGGUCCAGUAGUGACUCCUGGUUAUUUCAGAGAGCCCGAGUUAACCGCUCAGGCUAUAGACGAGGAGGGUUGGUUUCACAUGGGAGACGUCGGUGUCUGGUGCGAGGGUAAUCGCCUAAAGAUAGUUGACCGAUUAAAACACAUCUUCAAGCUGUCUCAAGGGGAGUACGUUGCCCCGGAGAAGGUUGAGCAGGUCUAUUUGCAAGCGUCUCUGGUAUGUCAGGUGUUUGUUGAUGGUUCACCGCUACGUUCCUACCCGGUGGCAUUGAUCGUUCCUGAUGGAGAUGCAGUAUGCAGAGCCAUCAACAAUCAGGAAAAGGAUUCAUUUGGUGACACCGACAGCACGCAAAAAUCAUCCCGUCAGAACAAAAACCCCCCAAUGGAAGGCGAAACUGAAGAUUUAGCAAGAUUUUGCCUUAAUGGAAGAAUGGUGACCAUGGCAGAUGUCUGUAAUAAUUCUGAGGCUGAGAGAUUCGUCUACAACGAACUCACCCAAGUUCGAGCCAUCAAGCUGAUUCCGGAGGAAUUUUCGCUUGAGAAUUGUCUUCUUACUCCAACGAUGAAAUGUGCACGUCAUGCCAUUCGUCGGCGCUAUCAAGAGGAUCUGCUUCAUCUCUUUGCCCAGAAGGAGCUUGACUAA